GUCAAGGGAGACGCACGUACGGCGCGCUCGACAAUUUAUGUUACGUACGAUACGUGAUCAUUUAAUUAUUAAAAUGAGUGUUUAGUGAGACGAAAUUAUUAGUUUACUAAUUGGUAGGAAAAGAGUGAUAUGUGAAACGUUUUGGAUUACACUGAAGACAUGUUUGUUUUACUGGUGGUUAUCAGUUUAUUUGUAAAAGAAUCCCUUCUACUCAGGAUAGUUCACGUAACGGUCCCUUCAUAUCGGGUGAGAGGUCAACCCGCCCAACUGGAGUGUAAUUACGAGCUUGGUGACGACACGCUGUACUCAGUGAAAUGGUACAGAGAUAAUGAAGAAUUCUAUCGAUUCAUGCCGAAAUACGACCCUGCUAAACACGCUUACAAACUCGACGGAGUCAAAGUGGAUAUAUCCAAAUCGGACGACAGGAAAGUGGCUUUGCACCAGGUGACACUCAAAUCAACAGGUUUAUAUCGCUGCGAAGUUUCCGCUGAGGCGCCAAGCUUCGCUUCAGCUGCCGGCGAGGGAAGAAUGGAAGUUAUAUAUUUGCCACGAGAGGGACCACGUAUAACGGGCAAUGAACAAGAGAACCGAAGAGGAGACUCUUUAUUCCUCAACUGCACGUCAGGUCGGUCCUACCCUGCGGCGGUCUUGAGUUGGGAUAUCGACGGUGAAAAGGUCACAGACCCAAUGCUGUUGGUGGAGUAUCCAACAGUGCAUCACGCGCACGGUCUCCUGUCCUCAGCACUGGGUCUGAGGGUCCCCGCUGGCCGGACCAUGCAGGUGCGAUGCACUGCGCGAGUGGCCCCUGCCUGGCGUGAAGGCAGCGAAGCAGUAGUCGGCAACGGGCAGCUGGCAGAUAGUAAAGAGGCUAUGCUAUUAGUGCGAAGCUCGGGGGCGGUAUCUACAUUAAGUGUAAUUUUGUUAACACUUUCUGUUCUUCGAGCUGUAAGUUCUCUGUUACAAUCGGAAACGUGAUAAAUGAGUGGUCUCCUUUUAAAAGGCAUCGUUAUUCAGGACUUACCUUCGGGGAAGGCGAUUUUAGAAUAAUAGUUAUGUCAUUGUAAGUACUAUUUUAGGGGCCUUCUUUUCAGAUAUGACGUGUUAAGCUACUUGUGAAACAAAAUUUAAUAUGAUGGACUUAUUUAAAUAAUUUUCGUACACUUAUUAUCUAAUUUCAGGAAGGCAUUGUUAUCAUUUUAUUAAAUUAUUAUGCGUUAGUUUAAAAAACUCCGUAAGUAUUAUUUUUGUUAAUUAUUAAAAUUAUCAUAGCUCUGUCAACAAGAUCCUUGUUAUUAGUGUAUAUAAGUUACUGCAUUUGUUUUUAAUAAUAAGUCUGUUUUUUUGAAGCCAAAUUAUACCUGAUGGUCUGCGGUUGUGUAUAAUACCUUACAGGCAAAGACGCCAAUAAUAAGACCAACUGUUGUUAAUUUGGUAUGAUGCCGCGCGUAGUUGCUGCUAACUGCAAGCCUACCAUAAAUGCGGGAAAAAUAAAGGAGAUAGUCCAUUUCAGGUCAACUUUUGUACCCUGUAUCAAUAAAAUUUAAAAAAUACAAGGAUUUUAUUAAAAUCUAAAUGAGUGAACAAAUCUAGCUAAAUAAAAAGAAAUAAAUAAAAUUAAAACCCAAGUUUUUGAGUUAUAUCAAGAUGGCAACGCUAAAGCAACUACGUUACGUUAAAGCAACUAUGACAUAACAAUUGACAGCAAACGUCAAAUCGACUACUGCAUUGAAAAACGUCAUCAAUCCGGCAUUAGUAUCCGUGUUAGUGUUGCAUUUCUUGGGAGAGAAUCAAUAUUUCGAAAGAAUUAAAGUAAAUUCGUAGAUUUGGAUAAUAAAAAAUUGUUAAAAAAAAUAUUUUCUUUUAUUUCCUCCAGGGUACAAUGACAGGUCCUGGGCUCCAUACAAUUUUGGGCCAUCUCCUUUGUACAACUUCCAAGUUUGCCGGCUAUCAUAAAUAUUGUAUCUUCACUUUUUUAACAUCAGGUGAGAUCGUAGUCAAGGGCUUACAUUUUACUAAAAAAUUAUAAAAACUUUAGCCAAGCUUUGCAAAUUUGUGAUCUGUUAAGACACAGAACAAUGACGCCUUUGUUUUGUGUCCAAAGAGACUUAUUAUAUUACAAAUUAUUUUAAAUAGCUAACUAAAUAUAUAUUACUAUGCUUACUUAUACAUUAUUUUUAAUUUAAUAGCAGCCAGCUAAUUAAAAGCAACGAAAAAUGAGACAUGAAAUCUCGACAUUGCCUCAGAUUAAUAAACACAUUGUAGACUUGGUACUUAGCAGGCUUUCAGUGUGUUAUUAAUUGAUAGGCAUUUUUUUUACUUACUUAACUUUUACUACGUUUAAGAGAGAAAAUUCUUCUUUGUUCAGUAUUGAUCGUUGAGCUUACGUUGUGGUAGCGUCAAAUGUAUAUGCUAGAAGUGAGACGAUACGACUUUAUUAUUGCUUCUGAAGUUCUUUGAAAGUUUUCCUAUUUCAUUACGUGUAUGUUACUCCAUAAACUUUAACAGAUUAAGUAUAUAAAUGUCAAUUUGAACUAAGUUUUAAAUGUCAUAAAACGUAAUAUUGUCAUAUCAAAUA